ACGGUGUGGGACUGGGACUCUAACGGGAAACACGACUACAUCGGUGAGUUUGAGGCCACGUUUAAGGAGAUGAGAGGGGCGAUCGACGGCAGACAGGUGCAGUGGCCGUGUCUGAACCCCAAAUACAAAGUGAAGAAGAAGAACUACAAGAACUCCGGGAUCGUCAUCCUGAACCAGUGCAAGAUCAUCAAGAUGCACUCAUUCCUGGAUUAUAUUAUGGGAGGCUGUCAGAUCCAGUUUACAGUAGCCGUGGACUUCACGGCGUCCAAUGGCGAUCCUCGAAACAGCUGCUCUCUUCACUACAUCCACCCGUACCAACCCAACGAGUACCUGAAGGCUCUGGUGGCCGUGGGCGAGAUCUGCCAGGACUACGACAGUGACAAAAUGUUCCCGGCGUUUGGCUUCGGUGCUCAGAUUCCUCCCGACUACAAGAUCUCCCACGACUUUGCGGUGAAUUUUAACGAGGAGAACCCGGAGUGUGCAGGCAUCCAGGGUGUGGUGGAGGCGUAUCAGGCCUGCCUCCCUAAACUGCAGCUCUAUGGUCCCACGAACAUCGCCCCCAUCAUCCAGAAAGUGGCCAAGUCCGCCUCGCAAGAGCUUCAUACCAAAGAGGCCAUGCAAUACUUCAUCCUGCUGAUCCUCACAGACGGCGUCAUCACCGACAUGGCCGACACCCGGGAGGCCAUCGUCCAGGCGUCCCACCUCCCCAUGUCCAUCAUCAUCGUCGGGAUCGGGAACGCCGACUUCAGCGACAUGCAGAUGCUGGACGGCGAUGACGGGAUCCUGCGGUCACUUAAAGGAGAGCCUGUCCUCCGCGACAUCGUCCAGUUUGUUCCCUUCCGCAACUUCAAACACGAGCAAAUUCUUCAGACUGAGAAUGAGGCAGCACUGAUGUGGGGUCAUGUGAUUGGUCCGAUGGCAGAGGGAGAUAAAAUGGAAGACCCGGAGCUCCCCAACUCAUUUAGGGCCAGCCUGUCGCCAUGGCAACAGUACCUCUCUCUCUCUCACACACACACACACACACACAGCUGCUCUGUGCUGUCAGCUCAUAAAACAGAACAUGGAGGCUCUGUUGUGUUUUUGGUUUCUUCAGUUUCUCUCAGCAGUGAUGAUGGUUCCGGGGUUUGGUUCUGGUUCUAGUUCUUUGGUUCUGGUUCUGAACUGUAACAUGGUUGGAGGAGCAGACAUCUGUUUCUCUCUCAGAUCACAAAGCUAUUAUAGAAUACUUGAUCAUUAAAACAAUAAAAACCUGCCUACUGUAGCUUCAUAUUGUUGUUCAAGUGAGGACUUUUAUUUUGAAAACUGCAGGGCUGUGUUUUAGCAGGAUUCACAGAAACAGACUUUUAUUUUGAAACUGUAGCAUUGUGUUUAAGAAGCAGACUUUUAUUUUUGAAAACUGCAGGGCACACCAACAAUCAUUUUAGAGUCGACAAUGAACCGUUGCAUAUUUUUGGCCUGUGGGAGAAAACCCGAGCACAAACUCCAUGCAGAAAGGCCUUCAGCCAGAUUAUGUCACAAACCCCGCCUCUUUUUGCUGCAAGGCAACAGUGCUAGGCACUCCUUCACCGUGUGACCCUGAAAGCACAUUUGUUGAUACAUUUUCAGUUGCUUGGAUCCUUGGUCUGACCGGUUGUGUGCAGAGGCAUUUAGAGCUACAUGUCCGUUGUUUCGGGCCACACGGUGGUGUAGUGGUUAGCACUCUUGCCUUGCA